AUGUGCAGUAUCAUAGAAAAGACAUCCACAGGUCAAAGACACCAAAACAGACAUCCACCAAUCAAAGACACCAAAACCAUAACAGACAUCCACAGGUCAAAGACACCAAAACCAAAACAGACAUCCACCAAUCAAAGACACCAAAACCAAAACAGACAUCCACAGGUCAAAGACACCAAAACCAAAACAGACAUCCACAGGUCAAAGACACCAAAACCAAAACAGACAUCCACAGGUCAAAGACACCAAAACCAAAACAGACAUCCACCAAUCAAAGACACCAAAACCAUAACAGACAUCCACAGGUCAAAGACACCAAAACCAAAACAGACAUCCACAGGUCAAAGACACCAAAACCAAAACAGACAUCCACAGGUCAAAGACACCAAAACCAAAUCAGACAUCCACAGGUCAAAGACACCAAAACCAAAACAGACAUCCACCGGUCAAAGACACCAAAACCAAAACAGACAUCCACCAAUCAAAGACACCAAAACCAUAACAGACAUCCACAGGUCAAAGACACCAAAACCAAAACAGACAUCCACAGGUCAAAGACACCAAAACCAAAUCAGACAUCCACAGGUCAAAGACACCAAAACCAAAACAGACAUCCACAGGUCAAAGACACCAAAACCAAAACAGACAUCCACCAAUCAAAGACACCAAAACCAUAACAGACAUCCACAGGUCAAAGACACCAAAACCAAAACAGACAUCCACAGGUCAAAGACACCAAAACCAAAACAGACAUCCACCAAUCAAAGACACCAAAACCAAAACAGACAUCCACAGGUCAAAGACACCAAAACCAAAACAGACAUCCACAGGUCAAAGACACCAAAACCAAAUCAGACAUCCACAGGUCAAAGACACCAAAACCAAAACAGACAUCCACAGACAUCCACAGGUCAAAGACACCAAAACCAAAACAGACAUCCACAGGUCAAAGACACCAAAACCAAAACAGACAUCCACAGGUCAAAGACACCAAAACCAAAACAGACAUCCACCAAUCAAAGACACCAAAACCAUAACAGACAUCCACAGGUCAAAGACACCAAAACCAAAACAGACAUCCACAGGUCAAAGACACCAAAACCAAAUCAGACAUCCACAGGUCAAAGACACCAAAACCAAAACAGACAUCCACCGGUCAAAGACACCAAAACCAAAACAGACAUCCACCAAUCAAAGACACCAAAACCAAAACAGACAUCCACCGGUCAAAGACACCAAAACCAAAACAGACAUCCACAGGUCAAAGACACCAAAACCAAAACAGACAUCCACCGGUCAAAGACACCAAAACCAAAACAGACAUCCACAGGUCAAAGACACCAAAACCAUUACAGACAUCCACCGGUCAAAGACACCAAAACCAAAACAGACAUCCACAGGUCAAAGACACCAAAACCAAAACAGACAUCCACAGUUCAAAGACACCAAAACCAAAACAGACAUCCACAGGUUAAAGACACUAAAACCAAAACAGACAUCCACCGGUCAAAGAAACCAAAAUCAAAACAGACAUCCAUAGACAGACAUUCACAGGCCAAAGACACAAAAUUCAGAACAGACAGCCACAGGCCAAAGACACAAAAAUCAAAACAGACAUCCACAGGUCAAAGAUACCAAAAUCAGAACAGACAUCCACAGGCCAAAACACCAAAAUCAGAACAGACAUGCACAGGACAAAGACACCAAAAUCUGAACAGACAUUCACAGGCCAAAUAA